CUGGAGAAUUUUGAGAGACACAUCAUGAGGGUCCUAAUUUUUCUCCUCACACUGUGCGUUUUCUCAUGCUCUGGGUUUCCAGCCUAUGACUAUGAACUCCCUGUCGUGGAAGAGGCUCUCAAUGCUUCCAUUGCACGGAUCAAUUCCCAGUCCUGGGGGAGGAACCUGUAUGGUGUUGUCAGGAGCCACGUCACGGGAGUUGACAUGUGGGACAGUGAUGCCUACAGACUAGAGCUGCAGUUCAGCAUCCGUGAGACCACGUGCUUGAAGGCUUCAGGGAGAGAUCCCUUCACCUGUGACUUCAAAACUGGGCCUUAUGUGCCAACUGCUUCCUGCAGGAGUGUUGUGGAAGUCUCUGGGGAGCAGAUUUCCAGUGUCAUCGUGCGGUGCCAUCGUGGCACGUUCAGCUCUGAGUCACUGAGCAGCGAGGAGAUGAUGUAUGUGCCGAAAAUGACCCCCAGCCGGGGAGGCAGCGCUCGCAGGGAAGAAGAUGUCUUUGCUCCUGAAGCCUUGCCUUCGGGGGGAAGAGGUGGCAGCCACGGGGAUUGGCACAGACUCAGCUCCGACAAGAUGGAAUAAUGUGGUUUGGAUUGGAGAAUGCGAAGAAUCAAGAUUAAAAGAUCCAACAUGGGAAGAAAGAACCCGAUGCUUUGUCC